UCUCUCCUUCUUUCUGUAUAUAUAAAAUCUCUCUCUCCUCUCUCUCUCCUCCUGUUCUUCUUUACGUAUCUCCCAAUCCAACCAAAACACGAAUCAAUCUCAUCAAUCGGAAGGUUUUUCCUCGCCGGAGCAUGGCACAGAGAACGGAAAACGAAGAAACGGAGUUCAAGGUCGUUCUUGAGACAAUUACCUUAUGCGUCAACAACUGUGGCGUUACAGGUAAUCCUGCAACCAACAAUAUGUGUCAAAAAUGUUUCAACGCUACAACAUCUGUAGCCGUAUCAACCGGAGGAUCCGUGACGGUUACGGUGAGUCCUAGAUCUAGAUCUGUUAGGUCAUCGGAAAGGAUAACGUCAGAUCUGGAAGAAACUUGGCGGAUUCCGACUGCUCAUGCGAAACAAGCUGGAGAUGUGGUUGAUUUACCUGUUGCUGUUAAGAGAGAGGUGAAUCGGUGCUCUGGAUGUCGAAAGAAGGUAGGUUUGACUGGAUUUCGUUGUCGAUGUGGUGAGAUGUUUUGUUCCGAUCAUCGGUAUUCGGAUAGACAUGAUUGUAGUUAUGAUUAUAAGUCGGCCGGACGGGAGGCGAUUUCACGGGAUAAUCCUGUUGUUAAAGCGGCGAAGAUCGUCAGAAUAUGAACGUACGUACGUAUGUGAUUUGAAUUGAAUUUGCUUAUUUUUAUGUUGUAGUUGUAAGAUUUGAAAAAGGAAGAAGAAGAUUUGGAUAGGUUUAUUGAAUCAAAUCUAUUUGAAGAUGGAGAUCUAAAAAGUAAGAAAGAGAGAGAUUGAGAGUUAAGUUUGAAUUUCUCUUUGGAUCGAUGUUCUUCAUCAAAAUCAUGAUCAUGAUUCAUCAUCAUCAUCGUCUUGUUUGUUUGGUUUGUUUGAAUCGUAAUUGCUUUAAAUCUGUGGAUGUUCUUAAGAUCCAAAUAUUUAUUGGUUAAUUGAUUUCGCUUUUUCAUUCUGAUGA